GACUCGCACCAUUAGUUCUCUAGUCUACGCAUCCGCAAAGAAGCAGUAAUUUCGUCCUCCGCUAUCUACUGAGAUUGGAUGAUCGAGUGCGUACACGUGGACGCAGAUAAAUUGAAAAUAAUUUUACGAGAAACAGACACAUAAUCUACGAUACAUCAUGGGUAGACCAGGAUUUGUGCCACCUUUUAGAGGACGAGGAGGAAGAGGAGGUUGUGGUGGUCGCGGAAGCAGUCGAGGAAGCAGUCGAGGUGGAGGUUUUGGUGGCAGAGGUGGAAGAGGUGCUUCACGAGGUGGUUGUGGAUCAUCAAGAGGAGGACGUGGAGGCCUGAAGGGUGGUAGGAAGGUGGUAAUAGAGCCACACCGUCACAGAGGGGUCUUCAUUGCUAGAGCAAAGGAAGACGUUUUAGUGACUCUCAAUUCUGCAUAUGGGUCAAAUGUUUAUGGGGAGAAAAAAAUCUCCGUCGAGGAUGUGAAAGGCGAAAAAAUUGAGUAUAGAGUAUGGAACCCAUUUAGAUCCAAAUUGGCUGCUGCUAUUCUUGGUGGUAUUGAUAAGAUCCACAUGGACCCAGGAAGCAAAGUUCUGUAUCUGGGUGCUGCCUCUGGAACUUCUGUGUCUCAUGUUGCUGAUAUAGUUGGUCCAGAGGGAAUGGUAUACGCUGUGGAAUUUUCCCAUAGGUCCGGUAGAGAUCUCAUAAACGUCGCUAAGAAGAGGACUAAUAUCAUUCCUAUCGUCGAAGACGCGAGACAUCCUCAGAAAUAUAGAAUGCUCGUGGGUAUGGUAGACACUAUAUUCUCAGAUGUGGCACAGCCGGAUCAGGCUAGAAUAGUCGCGUUGAACGCACAAUACUUCCUCAAGAAUGGCGGACACUUCGUUAUUUCCAUCAAGGCAAGUUGCAUAGACUCCGUUGCAGCACCCGAAGCAGUAUUUACGGCGGAGGUACAGAAACUCGCUGCGGACAAAUUGAAGCCGCAGGAACAGAUCACGCUCGAACCAUACGAGAGAGAUCACGCUGUCGUCAUCGGCGUUUACAAGCCGACACCAAACUGACAAGAAGGCUACCUAGAAUAAUGUGUAAAUAGUUACAUGUACAUACGUAAUUGCUAAGUUCUAUACUAUAUAAAACUUUAAUAUUAAUCAUA